GAGAAAGAGAAAUACGCGUUUCUUCGACGAUUCCUGAAAACCGAGGGUUUUAUCGUUCCCGAACUCCAAAUCAAUCUCAUAGUCGAAUAACUUAUAUGCGUUUUCGAUUUGAUCGAAUAAUUGUUCCCCGGUGUUUGUGUGCGCAUUGAUCGUCUAUGAUGGAUGAGGUUUGGGAAAAAGCCGUGGAGACUGCUUUGGAAGGCCAGACUGAUCCGUCUUCCGUCCGGAGUUUGACCAUGGACGGUGUCGUGAAGUGCGUUCACGGCCGCUUGCCUCCGCCGUCGGUUUUCGAGAGAUUCCGGAACCUCCGGCAUUUGUCUAUUGCAAGCAUAGGCGUCUCCUCUUUGGAAUGCUUUCCUCGGCUUCAGAACUUGCAGAAGUUGAUUUUAUCCGACAAUAGAAUCUCCGGAGGGCUGGAGUUCCUCGUUAAGGCCGGUUUGCAUUCGCUUAGGGACCUAGAUUUGUCAAACAACCGGAUUCAGGAUGUAAGGGAUCUUAGUCCACUGGCAAAGCUCAAGCUUGUUUCUCUCGAUCUGUACGAGUGUCCGGUGACAAGGGUUAAGGAUUAUAGAUCCAGUGUUUUGGGACUGGUAGAGUCCUUGAAGUUCCUCGAUAAAACUGAUGCGGAAGGGAAUGAGAGGCCUGAGUCUGAUGAUGAGGAGGAUGAUGAGGAGUCAGACGAGGAGGAGGAUGACUACGAUACCGGGAGCGUGGAAGUUGAUUGUGAGGAUGGAUCUCAUAGGGCCACAUGCAAUGGACGCCAAUCCUGGAAUGACAGAGUGAUUGAGGUGGAUGAUGACGAGAGCGAUGCUGAAGAUGCAGAACUGGAUACUUCUAGAGGGGCUAGCGAGACUAGUCCAAAUCGCGCACAUAAUCUUCCAAAUGGUGUUAGAGUAGCAGGUGAUGAGGAUGAUGAGGAUGGAGGGGAGGAUGAUGAAGACAGUGAUUGGGAUGAAGAUGAUGAUGUUGAUAAUGAAGAGGAUGAUGAUGACGAUGUGUUGGAGGUUCAUAAUGUUGUGGAUGAUGAUGACGAUGAUGAUGAAGAUGAUGUUGAAGACGAAGAGGAAGUGGACAAUGAUGACUUCGGGGAAAAACAAAGUACCGAUGUGCUUGCUAGCACAGAGGGAGAGAUUGAUGGGGAUGGAGAAGAUAGUGAUAGUGAUGAGGACGAUAGUGUAGAGACUGGUGAGGAGAAUUCUGAUGAUGAGGAAGAAGAUAAUGGAGCUGGAUAUUUAGUUCAACCAGUUGGUUCUGUAGUUGCCAAUGGGAUGAUGCAUGAGGAAGAAGAUGUAGAGGAAGAUGAAGAAGAUGAUGAUGAUGGUGAAGUCCAUGAGAUGCCAUCUUUGAAGAGGAAGAGAGAUCCAGAUGUAGAAGAAGAAGAUGAUGAUGAUGAUGAUGAAGUCCAUGAGAUGCCAUCUUUGAAGAGGAAGAGAGAUCCAGAGGUAGAAGAAGAAGAAGGAGAUGAUGAUGAUGAUGACGACAGUGAUGAUGGUGACGAUGAUGAUGAUGGGGUGUUGGAGAAUGGCAAGUGCAGGUAGGGGGGAGUUUGAUGACAUCAGCCAGCAAUGGAGGGGAAGAUGUAUAAUACUCUCUCACGCAUGGAGGGAAAGAAGGAAAGUCAACUCCUUCACCUUCACAGCAAUGGCGGGGGAGAGAGAGAAGCAAUGUGCGUGUGUGGGCAAACGGAGCGAGAGAGAGAGAGAGAGUGAUGCGUCGUCGUCUGGUCAAAGUGACCUCCUCCUCAUCUAGAACUUGUACAAUGAAAGAAUUGUCACGUGUUCCUUUAUUUCAUUUAAAUCACUAUUUGCUGUAUAUUUAAAAAAAUAACAUUUUGAUUUCAUUUCCUGGUUGAUGUAUGCCAGAUGGCAAGUACUCAUUU